CAGGAAGUGACGUCAGGCGGCCGCGGAGAUGGAGGACCUGCUGCUGGACCUCGGCGAAGAGCGGCGCCGGGGCUCAGCCACCUACGGGGCCAAGAUGGGUCGCCGAGCUCAACAGGAGUCAGCUCAAGCUGAGAAUUACCUCAGUGGCAAGAAUUUUUCAACUCUGACUGGAGAGGCUCCCCCUCCCAAGCCACCCCGCCGCCAAGGAGGCUGGGCAGAUGAUUCCAUGAAGGCUUCAAAGUCAGGAAGGAAGGCUCCUGAAGAAAUAGAAGAUCACCGGCUCAGACAGCAGAGCCUGGAUGGAUCAGAUGACGGAGGAGAUAUCCCUGUUAUUCCCGAUCUGGAAGAAGUACAGGAAGAAGACUUUGUUUUGCAGGUGGCAGCCCCUCCCAGUGUCCAGGUAAACCGGGUGAUGACCUACCGCGACCUGGACAAUGACCUCAUGAAAUAUGCAGCCUUUCAGACCUUGGAUGGAGAGAUCGACCUGAAGCUGCUCACCAAAGUCCUCGCACCAGAACACGAAGUUCGAGAAGAUGACAUCAGCUGGGACUGGGACCGUCUGUACACGGAGGUGUCCUCAGAGCUCCUCACUGAGUGGGACCUGCUGCAGACAGAGAAGGAGGAUCCCGUGGGACAGUCUGCACACACCUGAGGAACAGCACAUACCUGGGGAACAACAGACCACUCCCCCUGCACAGAGUAACCUCCGCUUUGGACUUGACAAAAUGCAAUAAGCCUAACAAUAAAGAAGCUUGCAAACAGCAUAGAAUUUUUAUAUGGAAUAUUUUUUAAUAAAAAAGAUUU